AGUUAUAAACCGAUAGUGACUGUAGAAAGUGAUACUUUUGCCCGCUCUGCUUGUGAUAAAACCUAACGUUAUUUUUUGUUGGAGAAAAAUAAAAAAACUCCUGUUCUUAUUAUUUUUUUUCCCUUUUAUAAUACAUAAAUCUUUAAUCUGUACCUGUUUUAUUUACGCAUUUAUUUUUAUUAGUGUGUUAAGAUAAUUGAAGUCAUUAGUAUCCUACUUUUAGUUGAAGUGCUAUAUAAUUGUGACAAAGAAAUUCGCGUGUUUCCUAUUUACUCGUGCAUAAUAUAUAUACCUACCUUCAACAAUUAUAUAUGUAAAUUCAUAUAUAGGUACCUAUAUUUUCUGAAAAUAAAUUUUAAUAUUUAUCAACAAUAUGACAAAACUAACCACUGCAUCAAUGGAUGAAAUUCGGAAUGCAGCUUCUCGAUUAUGCCGGGAUUAUUUAACUGGACGUUGGAAGUCAAUUUCUGCAGAAGACAUAGUUGUUAAGCGGAUAAGUGGCGGUUUGUCUAAUUUCUUAUACUACAUCAGUCUACCAGCAGAGGAGGUGUCAGAUAAAAAUAGCAACAGCUUAUGUAAUAUUCAAACUACUGCUAUAAGUACUAGCAAGCGCCAGAGAAAAGACAGUGCAGCGUGCGGAGAUGAACCAACUGAGGUUCUCUUACGUAUUUACGGACAAACACACGGUGAACAUGCCUUGGAAACAAUGAUAACGGAAUCUGUUGUUUUUGCUUUGCUAAGCGAACGUAAUCUUGGUCCUAAGCUCCAUGGACUCUUUCCUGGUGGAAGAAUUGAACAAUACAUUCCCGCCCGUCCACUUCGCACUCUCGAAUUGUCAGAUUGUAAAACAUCCAUGAAAAUAGCUGAAAAAAUGGGUAAAAUUCAUAGUCUUCACAUUCCAGUUUCAAAAGAACCCGAAUGGCUAUGGAAUACAAUGCAACGAUGGCUUAAAAGUCUAGAUUCGAUUAUUAAUAAUAUCAGUCCCGAAAAUGAAGAAAAACCAGAGGUUCAUGAAAUUAAAAAAAUCGACUUCGAAAAAGAAGUCGAAUGGAUUCGAAGUGUUGUUGACAGCGGAGACUAUCCAGUGGUGUUCUGUCACAAUGAUAUGCAAGAAGGAAAUAUUUUACUCCGAGAAGAACCAUCUCGAUCCCGCCGUGAAUCUGUUAAAAGUUUAAGUUCUUUACCAGAGACUGAAAACGAAGCGUCAUCAAGUUUAAGCGGUGAUCAUAAUGCAAAUGCUUCCAGUGGAUUGAUUGGAAUUCAAAGCAGAAAACGUUCAAUCCCAUCCGAUGACAGCUACACCGAUUUAGAUAAUAGCAGUGACUCUGUUAUAAGUAAUGACUCCGAAGAAAGUGAACCAGACUUAAUGAUAAUCGAUUUUGAAUAUUGUGCCUAUAAUUAUCGAGGAUUUGAUUUAGCAAAUCAUUUUAUCGAAUGGACAAUUGACUACAGUAAUCCAGUAUUUCCAUUUUUCUCGCAUACAAAAGAACAAUAUCCCACCAAAGAACAAAGGCAAGACUUUAUUUCUGCCUAUUUGAGAAAGGAUAAUGAAGAUAUUGAAAACUAUAUACCGAAUGCUGAAGAAAUCGAAUCCCUCGAAAAGGAAAUUCGAACAUUUUCAAUGAUAAGUCAUUUAUUCUGGGGACUAUGGUCGGUUGUAAAUGUUUAUCAAAACAUUGAAUUCGGGUAUUGGGAAUAUGCAGUGUCGAGACUUCGUGAAUAUCAAGCCCUAAAGAAUAGUUUUCUAUCAGCACCAUAAAAAAGGAUAAAAAAAAAAAACAAA